AUCAAAGCGACCCGUAGCUAUGCACGGUUUAACAACAAGUAGUUUGAUAAAGAUAAACAUCGAGUCAAAUACAUGUCCGAAUUGAAUAGGAGCAAACAAAGUCAAAGAAAGAAAAGAGAGAGAAAAAAAUCAGCAAUCAUCAUCUGAAGCGAGAAGCCAACACGACAGACACAAGUGAGAAACCAAACCAAAGCAGGUAGCGAUGUCGAGUGGUGGAAACCUUAGUUGCGUGUUGGUAGCUGUGGAUGGAAGCGAGGAAAGCAUGAACGCGCUGCGUUGGGCACUGAACAACCUCAAGCUCCGAUCCCCUACACCCGAUUCCACCGGUGCUCCCUCCUUCAUCAUCUUCCACGUCCAAUCCCCGCCCUCCAUCGCCACUGGCCUCCAUCCCGGUGCCAUCCCCUUCGGUGGUCCCAGUGAUAUCGAAGUUCCUGCUUUCACUGCAGCCAUUGAAGCUCACCAGAAGCGCAUCACCAACGCCGUACUCGACCACGUCCUCGGAAUCUGCUCCGAAUUCAACCUAACCAGUAAGGGCAGAACCCAUGUCCUUGUUGGAGAUCCAAAGGAGAAGAUUUGUGAAGCUGUGCAGGAUUUGCAUGCUGAUGUGCUUGUGAUGGGGUCUCGUGCAUUUGGCCCAAUUAAGAGGUACAAAGUAACCCAUAAAUUUGCACGGCACAUAGACAUACUUUAUAGUUAUUUUUUUAUCAAUAAAUAUUAACUUAUUAGUUUUAUUAGAAAUGUUAGUGGGGGAUUCCAAUCCUUUCUUAGCUAACCGAGCAAACUUUAUAUCUCCGGUUAUACUUUAUUGUAGUAAGCAUGAUUUUGGCAGCACAUAUCACACACAAAAAAAUAAAGGCUUGAUAAACAACCUGGACAAGUAUUCCCUUUUUGAGAAUGUUAACAAGUGCUAGGACAUUGUGGACCUAUUGUUAUACUGGGGAAAAACCUGGAGUUUUCAGACUUCAAUGCCAUCAUGCCUUUCCCAAUAAAAUGUUUCCAAAUUUGUUGGCAAUAUAUGAAUUGUGAUCCUAGUAGAUGACAAUCGUAGUCCAUAUCAGAGAAGAGAUGUGAUUAGAAACCGAUGCCAAACAUUAGUGAUGUGAUGAUAAAGUUAUAAAGACUUUCAAUACACAACCAACGUCUAUUAUCAUUAUUACUCCUUUAUAUGCAGAUAUUUGUUUUUUGAGUUUAUACAAUGUUGUAGACAAAUGUUGCAUUACUAUUGCUCCCUGGUCAGAGCCAGUUCUAGUUGUGAUUGUGAUAUGCAACAAACUUUCCAUUCGUCAUGUACAAAAUUUCAAAUUGAGAAUGCAGCUAGUGUUGGCGGCAGUGUGUCUUAUUUUUGCAUUA